AUGUGCAAUAUUAAACCAGGCGGUGCACUUGCUGAGUUGAUUGUGAGAGCUAAGCUUAUUAUAUGGGAUGAAGCUCCGAUGAUUCAUAAACAUUGCAUAGAAGCCGUGGAUAGAACUUUAAGAGAUAUUAUGCGUGUAUGCAAUGAGUUACAUAGUAACAAACCGUUUGGUGGUAAAACUGUUGUUUUUGGUGGUGACUUUAGACAGAUCUUGCCAGUUGUUCCUAAAGGCAGUCAUCAAGAUGUUGUGAAUGCUACCAUUAACUCAUCUUAUCUUUGGAAGAGUGGCACAGUUUUAAGGCUGACAAAAAAUAUGAGGCUUUUGAAUGUUGAAAAUGUUGAUGAAGCCUCUAAAUUGAAGGAAUUUUCCUCUUGGGUUGCUUCUAUUGGCGAUGGUGUUAUUGGUGGUCCAAAUGAUGGUGAAGUGGCUAUUCAAGUUCCUAUUGACAUUGUUUUGUCAAAUUCUGGUGAUCCUCUUAGAACCAUUGUUUCAAACGUCUAUCCUUCUUACAUGAAUCCUGGAGAAUUGAUUAGUUGUUUGCAUGGUCGUGCUAUACUUGCUCCUACUUUAGAGGUAGUUGACGAGGUUAACCAAUUCAUGAUUUCUUUGGAUCAGUCUCAAGGUCGAGUUUACUUUAGUUCUGAUAGUAUUUCAAACUCUGAUUCCACAUCAAAUGGUCUUGCUGAGAUACAUUUUGUUGAGUUUUUGAAUAAUUUGAAGUGUUCUGGUACACCUAAGCAUGAAUUGUUGUUGAAAGUUGGUACUCCUGUGAUGUUGUUGAGGAACAUAGACCUGUCAAACGGGUUGUGUAAUGGCACAAGAUUGAUAAUUACACGAUUAGGUGAUUAUGUGUUAGAGGGACAGGUAUUGGGUGGCCAUAAUAUUGGUCAUAAAGUGUUGAUUCCUCGAAUGUCUUUAAUACCAUCUGAUCCGAGAUUGCCUUUCAAGUUCCAAAGAAGACAAUUUCCUUUGGUUAUGUCGUAUGCAAUGACCAUUAACAAGAGUCAGGGUCAAUCACUCUCUCAUGUUGGAUUAUUUUAG